AUGUCUGCGUCGGACAGCGGUUCCGUCGCAGGGCUGGGGGAAGAGACCUCAGCCACGCAACAGCAACACGCCGAGGAUCCGGCGAUUGCGAGGCUGGAGGGCCAGUUAUCGCAACUGAUGAGCGUAGUGAUGGAGUUGAAGAGGAAGGAGCCUGGUGACGCCGUGGCGGGCGAUGCCAGUAGGGGCAGCGGUGCUGCCGUCCCAAGCCAGAGAGAGGCUCUGCCGCCUGGGGGCGGCGGGGCAUUUUCCCGGGAAACGGCCCGUGAUGGGCGAAAUCACCCGCGGGAAAGCAGCUGGGACAACAUACCGGGAGCGAGUCCUGGGGUUCCAGCGAGAGUGACGACUGGCUGGGCAAGUAGAUCGGGAGCGAAUCCUGUGGGGCCAGCCGGAAUGAGCCCGGGCGUAGGACCGGACCGCGGGGAAGCGAGGGGGUUAAGCCCCCAAGGCUUGGACGGGCAGCUUAUCGGCAACGCCGAGAAGCACGCACCCGUCGGUGACCCAAACAGGCCUAGCUCGGAGCUGUAUAGCUUGGGCUACACAAGUGAUGAGGUUCAGAGGGGCCUCCAGGCGUUCCACUUUGUGACUACAGCCAUCGUCCGAGAAGCCGACAAGGCAAUCGUGAACAAAUGCGAGACCGCAAAGGAAAUUCUUGCGGAACUCGACAAAGUACACAACCCGGAGUCGCAGGGCUCGAAACAAGCCCUCAUGAAGAAGAUGUUUCGAUUCACGAUCCCCGCACACAGCAACAGCAACCCUGUCGAGCAUCUAUACACGCUCGAGCUGCUGUACUCACGACUGCGGGAAAAAGGGCUCAACGCUGACACACCCUUUGUUCUCGCACACUUUGUCGAUGCCCUUCCACCCGAGUACCAACAAGCCAAAUUCUUGUUGGAGACGGCUACAACUCUGGACCGGGGCGAGAUAAUCAGGGUCGUCAGUACCGUGCACGCGAGCCUCCCGGAGGGGAGGAGGGCCACGAAGGGCCAGCGGAAGGCGGAGCAUGCUUUCCUCGCGAGCGACGGUGGCAACAGGGGCGGAGCGCCCGGCCGCAGCAGCGGCGGCCACAGCAAGGGCGGCGGCGGCGGUGGCAGCCAGAAGGGGAAAGGGGGUGGUCGCAAGGGCGGUGGUGGUGGCAACAGCGGCGGAGGCGGCGGCGGUGCAGGUAGCAUGCACGGCCGCUGCUUCCGGUGCGGAGAGAAGGGUCACCAGGCGGCCGCCUGUACCAAGCCGGAGCCCCUGCGAUGCGAGAAAUGCCUGGGCUACGGACACGACAAGAGCAAGUGCUCGUCCGAGCAGGCGGUGCUCGCGGUGGAGCUGCCGGUCUUGGACGCCACCGCACUGGACGUGGCAGAGGAGGCGCUAGUGGUCCGUGACUUCACAGGCGAGUGGAACAGAGUCGUUGAUCGAGGGGGUGUAGAGCAGGCCAGGCAGGAAAGGUUUGUGGCCGAUACCGGCGCAACCAACCACAUGUUCCCGAGCGCUAACGCGUUCGAAAACUACCAUGAGUGCGAUCGACGUUUGAGUGUCGCCGCAGGGAAGCAAGCCUUCGCCAUAGUAGGCUACGGCGACGUGAGGGUGACCAUCGGUUCUCGCGUUGGGACCACAGACCUGCUGUUGAAACGGGUCGCUCAUGUGCCGGAGCUGAAUUACAACCUCGUGUCCCUCACAGCCCUUUUGAAGCAAACCAAGGGCCGCUUAGCCGCAGACGAGCGUGAGUUGGAGGUGUUCGUUGGUGGGGGGGAGUCGGUGUACUUCCCUCUAUGGGGGGACCUGUUCGUUCAGACUGGUCACCGCAUAGACUCGGGUAGGGAACUAGCCUGUGCCAUAAUUGCUCCUGGUAACGCGAAAGCGAACCGCACCCCCGUUGACAUCAACGACUUCCACUGCGCGCACGGCCACUCCCACGAGGUGCUGCUGAAGAACACGGCGAAGCAGCAAGGGGUGACGCUGGUGGGCCAGCUCCGGGAGUGCAUGGGGUGCUCGACGGCAAAGGGGCUAUCCAAGCCCAUCCCCAACAGGACGUCCACCCGUGCACCGCUGCCUCCCAUUGCAGAGGAGGACGAGGAGCUCACGACUGGGGAGCACGAGGGCGGGGAGGGUGCGUCAUGCCACGGUGGAGGGAGGGCGGAGGGAGAACCUGAGGAUGGAGGUUUCCACCUUGACACGACGGCAAACCCGGGGCCCGCGGAGCCGCCCGCGCGUGAUGCGCCGGCGGCGCCGCCGGCCGCGCCCCAGGAGUCGGGCGCGGGCGACGCUGGCGAUGGCGCCCCCUCGAGCAGGGAGGGCGCGAGCGUCGCCCCAUCUACCACGUCGACCGGGAUGGCCGAUGUGGGCGGCGGCGAGGACGACCGUCGCAGCAGCAGCAGCCGCGGUAGCGGCAGCAGCAGCAGCAGCAGCAGCAGCAGCAGCAGCAGCAGCAACAGCAGCGGUAGCGGCAGUGACAGCGGCAGCGACACGGACAUCCCGGCCCUCCGCGGGCCCGAGGGACGGAAGCUCGCCCGCUUUGGCGAGCCGGCGGAGCUCACCAGCCGCCGACUCAGGGAGAACCCUCGCCGGAACAUGAGGUACGAGUCGUCGCCGUCGCCAACGAGUGCCGAAGGCCUGCUCGCCCGCCAUGCGUCGGAGGCGGGGCUGCCCAUCCUGCCCAUCAACAGCACGACGGAGCACACCCACUGGAUGAUCGCGUGUGUGGUCGACGUGGUGGAAGAGCUAGAGGCGAGGGCGGUGCAAGCGCUGCUGUGCGAGCGCGCGGAGGAGGCCAACAUCGCGCGCCAAGAGGCAGAGGACUUCCUGCUGGGAGCGGAGGACCUCGUGCUCAACUCUCCAGACGCCUUCGCGAGGGCCCUGGCGUCGACCGAGCUGAGUACAGAAUCCCCCAUAGGCAAGCGACCGAAGCGGGAUGACGAGAGUGGAGGGGAAUGGCCGGUGAGGGAGGCCAUCGGCAGCAUGAUGUGGGUGUCGACGUUCUCGCGCCCGGACAUCUCGUUCGCCGUGCGUGCGGUAGCGCGCCAUGCCCAUGCCCCUGCCGAGAGGCACUGGAAGGCGAUCGUGAAGAUCCUCGCCUACCUCAAAGAGACGAGGGACCUCGGGAUCACCUACGAACGGGGAUCGGGGUUGGGGCUGGCGGUGUACGUGGACGCUAGCUACGCCGACGCUGAGGAUAGGCGUUCGGUGUCAGGGCUGGCAACAACGGUUGGAGGGACCGUCAUCAGCCACGGUAGCAAGACGCAAGCUAUCGUAUCUUUGUCGUCUACGGAGGCAGAGUACAUUGCUGCCGGGGAGGGUGUGAAGGAAGCUUUGUUUGUGCGUGCAGUGCUUUCGUUUAUUGCCCCAGAGACCAGUGGCAGCAGCAUUCAGGUCCUUGAGGACAAUCAGGGGGCUAUGGCUUUGGUGCAGAACCCCCUCAGCUCAGCGCGUAGCAAGCACAUCGACGUGAGGUACCACUUCAUUCGUGGAUUGUUCAGGUCGGGGGACAUCUCGAUCAAGUUUGUGUCGACGUCGGAGCAGCAUGCCGACAUGCUUACCAAGGCUCUUAGCAAGAGCAGUCUGCAGUACCACCGGCGCAAGUUGAUGAAUUUGCCGGAGUAG